CGGCCAUUUCACACAGCCGUGGCAGAGGAGCAGAGAGUGGAGAAAGACGUUGCAUGUGUGAAACAGUAGAUCCUGGGGAAUAGGAGACAAACCAGCACAAGUACUAGUGUGAAGUGUGAAGAUUCAAUAAUCCACAGGAGCAGGCAGGAUGUCUAUAACCAUGGCGAAGGCUGAUGGGGUCACUGUGUUCACUGUGACCUCGGACCCCCAGAGUGCCUGUCCUCCACUGUGCCAAAUCAUCAAAGGCCUCUGCUACAGCCCUGAGUGCUGCUCUGUGUCUCAGCACCUGAGGAAAGUUCAGAGAUCUUCUCAGUCAGUACUUGGGGCUCUGCACAUCAUGGUUGGGUUGUUCAACAUCGGCCUUGGAGUGAUCCUCUUUUGCAGCCUCGGUGGCGCCUCGUACCAAAUGUUUUCAACUGGGUUUCCUUUUUGGAUUGGAGCAUUGUGUAUGUUGUUUGGCAUCAUCGGCAUUGUGUCUGAGAAGCGCCCCAGUCCAUGUCUGGUCAUCUCCAAUGUGAUCCUGAAUCUGACAGGAGUUUCUUUUGCCAUUGCAUCCAUUGUACUCUACAGCAACAACAUAACAAAUAUCACUAUGUGGUGGUUGUGUGAAAACCGUGACUAUAACUAUUCACCUGAUGCACAGACUACAGAUCUUUCUCCUGUGGAAAGGCAGAUGAGGGCGGACUGCUUGGACGGCAAAGAGUCGGCUCUGAUGCUCAUGAGAAGCAUCAACGCUGUGCUGAUCGUCCUGUCAGCCCUGGAGCUCUGCCUCGUCAUCAGCUCUGCCGUCAUGGGCAUCAAGGCUCUGAGGAGCAGCGAGAAGGAAGAAGACGAGAUGAUCGCUGACCCAGAAAACUACAAACCACUGCUGGUUGAAGUCACCAGUACACCUGCAGCCUAAAUAAACAUCUCAGUUAGUAGGUACUAUGAUAUAUGUAAUCUCAGUGAUUUACACAUAUUCAGCUGGUACAGUCUCUGUCCAACUUUGGGGUCAUUUUCUACAAGGGUUGCUAAAAAUAAUUGCACUUGUAGCCUAUAUUAGAAUAUUUUUAUAAUAAUCUGCAUUUGUUUAUGCUGCUGUCAGUUUCACUCUGUUGAUGUUUGUUUUCAACUGUUCCCAUUGAUUGUGAUUUAUUAUCAAAUAUUAUGCCUUAAUGUCAGUAUGUUUGUAGGUAAAAGGGAGGUUCAUGCAUGUGUGUGAGGACACACAAUGAUGGACUGAUGGGGUUUUUGUUUACUCUCCUCCUGAGACCCCAGCUUGUGUUUGGUAUGCACUUUAGAUGUCUUUUGUAACUCUAUGGAUUAGGAGUCACUGUUCAAAACUGUUCAUUUCAAUACCUGAAGAUGGCUGUGCAAACAUUGCAAAUAAUGCAACAUUUCUAAAAGGCUUGUGAUUUGUUAAUUUUGUAGCUCUGUUUGAAUUUUCCUCGCCAAAUGUGUUGGAUAGGUACGGAAGCGUAUUGUAUUCACUUGUCAAAUAAAGAAAAAAAUCUGUUUUAUUGAAUAAUUCUUUCUGUUUUUUGAAGUAAUUUUUUUAUUUUUCUGUUUUUCGUGGUAAUUUUGUUUCUGUUUUUCAUCUGAAUUUUUUCUGUUUUACGUAGUAAUUUUUUUCAUGGUAAUUUUUUGUGGUAAUUUUUUUUCUGUUUUUCUAAGUAUUUUUAGUUUAGAGUUUAGAGAGCAAUAGAACAAACAGAUGCUUUCAUUCUUUUCUUGAGAGCUUGGUAUAAUGGAAACAAACAUGACCCGCUUCUUUAGUUAAAUCCAGUUUUACUUUGUUUUGGGUUUGAGACACUGGGAGAUACUCUUGUCUUUAAGUCAUAUAGAUGAUGUUAUCAUUUGUCGACUUUACACAGACCCUCCAAUAUUAACAUCAUUUCACCCAGACCAUGUAACUGUAAAAUGUUAAAACUUUGCUUUUGACUUUGAAAAAAUAAUGUACCACUAAAUCCAUGAUGGUAUGUUUUAAAUAUAUAAUGCAGGAGUGUAUUAGAACCAAUAAAAACUAU